UGACGGUAUACUGUUAAGUCGAUCUAAUUAUUUGCAUUGUCAGCAGUCCCGCUUAUAUUUUGAAGUAGCCCUCAUCGCCUUCAUGUCAUGGUCCAGGACCUCCAGGACGGUUUACCUUACACGGAUCCGCACGAAACGGAGCGAGACCUAUCGACGUAGAUUUUGAAAUAUACAUGAAUAACGUACACCAAACGUAAUAUAAAUUGAUUGAUACAAGAUGGAGGGGGCAGGUAAAAUUCUGUUGAAGCUUCUGCAGUAUGAAGGUUUUCAGCAGCGACACACCUGCUUAUUCCAUAUGACAGCAUGUUGUCAGAAAGUGCAGGCUGGCCGAUACAAAAGAUCUCCAAAGGGCGAUAGACCUCUUACAUAUGAAAUGGCUAAUCCACCACAUUACAUUGCUCAUAGGAAAUCAUGGAACUCUUGGAAUACCUCUAACCUUGAAGGUGGCUUGCGGCCAGCAGAAACUGCUGUAGAAGAUGUUUUCAUACGGAAAUUUAUGACUGGUACAUGGCACAAUUUAUUUGAAUCUGAAGUUAUUAUAAAACGUCAGCACAACUUAAUUCGAAUUGCAGGAAUUGUUCGUCAAGCUAUUAGUGCAAGGAAAAUGUAUUUCCUCAUUGGUUACUGUGAAGAAUUGCUCAGUUUUUGGCUUCAGUGUCCAGUAAAACUUGAAUUACAGACAGUAGCAGAAAAAAAGGACGUCACCUUCAAGUAUAUUUAAUGGUUCCGGCCUAGCCACUGAGAGGAUGGUAUUGUUACACAGUCAAAUUUUUAUACACGAUUUAAUGUAAGUUGUUACUUGAUUAUUUCUUCUGUAAUUAAUUUUAAAGAAGGCGAGAGGAAUAAUUUGUUGCAGUAAAAUGUACAAUAAACAUACCCUACAAAAGAAAAUUUAUCCUAUCAGUUAAUUAAAAUGAACCAAAUGGAAACAGAAUAUUUUGUAUUACAAAGCCUUGAUCCAGUGCUUUAAGAAGGCUAUGAGCUGACAUGGUAGUGAUGAAUAAACACUCAGAAAUCCAAUCCUCAGAUCCCGCAAGUGACAUUGCAUUGGCUACCAGGGUUUGUCAUAUAAGAGGCUGAUUAUUUUUUAGGAUAAUACCAAAUCAGAUCAUAAAAAUGGAAUUCCUGAAGCCUAUAACUGUGAAUCACACACAGAUAUACUAGCAAGGACACUGUUCACCGGUUUCUUAAUUAAAUGAACUGUAAUAAUUUACUUCAUUAUGUAUGAUAUUUAUGAAUAUAUAUCUACUGAACCAAAGAAGAGUUAUCCUAACUGCCUGUGAACUGUAUUUAAAUUAUGAAAUUGCUCUUUGUAUGGAAGAAGAAUUUUGUCAGUCUUAGAACACAAUUUUCUGCCCAGUCCUUGUGUUCUCUGUCAAUCAGAAUAAAAUUUAUUUAAUCCACUAAAUUAAAGGUUUCCUCAUAUGGUAUUAAAGCAGGGCAUCUGGGAUAGGUGCUGCAAUUAGCUGCACCACAUAGAUAGUUUUGUGGAACAUAUUACCACUUCCACAUUUUCCAUAUUUAACACCAGGUGAUAAUCCAGGUCUGUUAAGUGUCUUCACCCAGUGCUCUUCGUGACGCAGUCGAAUGUAGUAAAAUUAAAGAGUCCUUCCCUUUGUACAGUAGCGUUAUAUAGUGAAAUCAUAUUUCAAGUUUAAACAUCCAGAAAAAUCUGGGCUGAUAAUACCACACACAUGAAUUUGUAAGUGGAGAGGCCAAAGGAUUAAGAAGAGGCACUUGGUGCAUAUAUCUUCCAGUUCAAGGAAAUUCCCAAUGUGUGGGGAACAAGUGACCGGAAAGGAAGUCAGAAGGAUUUUUUCUUUGGGAGAAAAGUUAAUUAGAACCACAAUUCAACUGUACAACUUCCAUAUUCAACAAUUAUUUUUAAUAUAAUUUUACACUUUUUGUUUUAAAUGUCAAUUUUGUAUUUUUCUCAUAAUGAUUGAUAUUCCUACUCCCCCUACCCCUGCAUUCACUAACAUUUUAACAUCCGUUUGAUGAUAUGCUAAUUCUUUGCAGCAUAAUUUCAUUGCAUCUUGAAGUCCGCAGCCAUUAAUUUAAAUUUCAUUUACAGAUUACCUUUUAGAAUGUUAACUUUGGCAAAGUGCUGAUUACAAAGUUAUUAGCAUGCAGAUUACAUUAAAGUCCACUGAUAUUUUCUGAGAUGCUUGUCAAAUAAUAAUUCCACACUAAAGCAGAACCCUGAUUUGAAAGGAAAAAAAAAAUAUUUUUCCUUACACAUCUUUGAUUUUUGUGUAUUUGAGAGAACAAAAAUUUGGAACGCCUUUGAGUGAGAGAAUUAGUUAAAUAUACAUAAUUAGCCGAUGAGUUAUUUGUUUGCAUACUUUAUCACCUGUGAAAAAGUCUCUUCAGAAAAAAUGCAGACCUUGAUGGCUCAUUUUUUUGCAUGAGGUUAAGCGAAGCAAUGAAUUGAGAGUGAUGAUAAUGAAAAGUAGAAUGCAUGAAUAUUCUUUUCAUAUCCUGACUACCGACGGUGUAUUGUCCUUGCUUCAUGUCAGGCUUCAGAGAAAUAGUUUAUGUUUACAAUUUGAACAUAGAAUUAUUAUCACACCUAAUUCAACCUGGAAUUAUAAAAGAGAAAAAGAUAACACAUUUUGUGGGAUGAGGCCCUCAGUAUUAGAAAUGAGUAUAAUAAUGGUAGAAGCAAAACUGUGGUUUAUUAAAGGUAGGUUCAGGCGAAUCUCUUUUUCAUAUAUUAAUGUAAGUAGUUAUUGGAGAGGGUGGGUUUCCCCAUGCACUUAGACCAGUAUUGGUCCAUUGUGCUUCCCUCUGUGAUA